AUGCGUAAAGCUCGUAAAAAAAUUAUUCCACCAUUACCACCUACACUGAAUGCAUUAAAAGAGUACCUUGAACAACAUUUGGAUAGAUAUAAAUGUUGUGAUCAUUCAUUCUAUCAAGAUUAUAAUAUUGAUAAUCAAGGAAAGUAUACAGUGAUAUUUGGUUGUAUUGAUCUUAUCCGUAAAGUGGUCAAUCAAGGGGGUGAAGAGGUGCAUGCUGAUGCAACGUUUAAAGUUGUACCAUCUCGACCAAAUUGCAGACAGUUAUUUAUAAUGCAUAUGAUCAUUCAAAACCAUUCUAUACCAGUGAUAUAUAUAUUGAUGGAAUCAAAAACUGAGACAGCAUACACUCAAGUUUUGAUGAAGUGUAAAGUUCUAUUUCCUGAAAUUAAGCCAAUAUGUAUAAUGACUGACUUUGAAAUUGCAUUACAGAAUGCUUUUAAAAUUGUAUAUCCAGAUGCAAUUCAACAUGCAUGUUUUUUUCACUAUGUUCAGUGUUUGGUCAAAAAUAUUAGGAGUCAAGGAUUAAUACCCUAUGUUAAAAACAACGAAAUGGCUCAAAUAUGCAUUAAAAUGACAGCUGCUUUAGCUUUAUUACCACCUAACAAAAUAGAAGGUUUCCAAAUAAUUCGAAGGUACAGCAGGGACAACAAUAUAAAUCUGACUUCCUUUUUUACUUAUUUCUCUAAGUAA